UAUGGACAGUCCUCUGCGAGGAAAGCCGGUGUACUGCAGAGAGUGGGUUGUGCAGAAGCUUCUGUAUAUUGCAAGUUCGCGACAACAGCACAAUUGGUCAAAAAAGAAUGGCGUGAUUGUAUUGGGUAGCUCUGGAUGCGGAAAGACAGCCUUGCUCACGGAAUUGUCAUGGCCAACCAGCAAUCAUGCAAAGCAGCACUCAAUAUCUCGACGCGUUUUGGCUCGACAUUUUUGUCAUUCUCAUUUUUGGCAAUCCCUUAGUCUAGCUAGCUUUGUUUCCAACAUCUUGAAGCAGCUAAAAUGCAGUCCUUUCCUCCCAAAUUUCAAAGAUGUACUAAAAGAUUUUACCAAAGAUCGAUAUUCUUUUUCAUCGAUUUGUGCAAAUCCAGAUGAAGUUUUUAGAACAGUAGUUCUCGGUAGUUUAAGUGUCCUUAAUGCACAGGGUGUAGUGUAUUUCCUACUUGUUGACUCAAUAGACGAAGGUUAUGAAAUACAAAAUCUCGCUGGUGAUCGAACUGGUGGUCCUAGUAAAACCAUUUCGGAUCUUCUAUUGAAUAAUCUCGACUUCUUUCCACCUUGGCUUUGCUUACUUUGUUCUGCUCGGAAAAGCAAUGGACCGUUCAUCCAGAGGUUUCAGGGUUUCCGCAAGAUUAUUCUUGACGACCAGGAAAAAAGACGGCAGUAUGUGCAGAAGGAUGUGAGGGGGUACAUAUGUAAUCGCAUUGAGUGCGACAACAAGCUCAGAGUUCUUUUUUCGAAUCCUGAAACCCGGGAUCUAAAUUUGGAGCUGUUGGAAAACAAAAGUGACAGAUGCAUGCUAUAUCUGGAAUGGGUCCUGGAUGGCGUCGAAAAUGGUAUGAUUAAAUUUUCUGAGAUAAAAGAAAUACCAGGGACGUUAAGAGGGCUCUAUUUGUGGUACUGCCAGCAUUCAUUUGAGAAGAAAACCUUCUCGUUAGUUAGACCGAUCCUGAACGUGCUAUUAGCUUCCAGGAUUUCCAUUACUGAAACUGAUCUUGUGGACUAUUUGUGGUCCAGAAAUCUUCAAGUGCCACAGGACGAAUUGAUUUGCAGGCUGAAAUCGAUCGAGUGUUUUCUGAAACGCUUGCCAGAUAAGUCGUUCAGAAUAUUUCACAGUAGCUUCUCAGAGUGGCUGCUGGAUGUCAAGUACUGUACUCGGCAUUUUUUGUGCGACAUCAACCAAGGUCAUGCUACUUUGGCACUCAGUGCUACUUGUAAUUUGGAUAAUAGAUCUUUCGACGAAGAGUUCUCAAAAGAUUUUGCAUACGAUCUGGCAAAAUCAGCGCCAUGUCACAAACUCAGUAGCGAAUUAUGUGCUCUUUGGAUGGCAUGGAGUGGUGUUAAUGUCGAAGAAUCCAUUACUUCACCCACUCCUCCGAGGUCGAGUAGCAACUGCAGCGUUAAUUUAUACUCGGUUUUAUACGCUGGUGGAGCGUACCGAGACGUAAGCCAUGGAUCAGAUAAUAGCGAUCACCUGGCUUCCAACACCAGUGUAGAUUACUCCGACUCGAGGGAAACUGAGUCUGAACAUGCGGUCAGAGUAAUGCUCGAAGGUAACCCGGCAUCUAUUGCGGAACAUGAUUCAGAUGGACUGACUCCUUUAGCAAAGGCAGCUCAAAGAGGUUCGCUGAAGUGUGUGAAAGUGUUGGUCAACGCUGGUGCUGAUGUUAAUGCAGAGAAUGUCAAUCGACAGACGGCAUUGGGUCUAGCUACUACAGCCGGACACACUAACGUUGUGCAGUUUCUACUGGAGCAAGGUUCUAAUCCUAACCACGUUGACUCUGAGAACUGGUCGCCGCUCAGAUCAGCUGCCCAGAAUGGCCACACAAACAUCAUCAAACUACUGCUGGACCACGGUGCUGACGUGAACGAGCGUGACAGUAGCGGCAAGAGUGCCCUCAGACUGGCUGCGUUCUCUGGCUCCAAACAGGCUGUGGAAUUGUUGGUGGAGGGUGGUGCGAACGUGAACAGUGAAGACAACUUGGGGCGCACUGCUCUGAUAGCGUGUGCGUAUGCUGGCCACGUGGACAUAGUGUCUAUGCUGUUGAGCAGGGGUGCACUCAUAGACCACACCGACUCAGCCGGACACACUGCACUGGUGUUUGCAUUCCUCAACUCACAGCACGAGAGACACGCGGACACGGUAAAUGUGUUGCUGGAGGCGAAGGCCACAGUCGACUAUGUGAACAGUGAUGGCAUGUCUCCAUUGGGCAUAGCGGCCGCACAGGGACACAACAGGAUUGUAGAGUUGCUUCUGAGCAGAGGAAAAGCGAGUGCACAAUUCUCAGACUCACUAGGACGAACUGCUCUAUACCACGCAGUGCACGGUGGUCAGGCAGCUACAGUGAUAGCCUUGAUCAACUGGGGAGCACAGCAGGACGUAGUGGACAGUGAAGGCCGCUCUCUACUGUCACUAGCAGCACUCCAAGCACACGUGGAAGUGGCCAACAUCCUCAUAGAACACAAUUUGGACGAGAACCACAAGGACGACGUUGGCUGUACCCCACUGCAUCUGGCGGCGAGCGAGGGAACUGUGGAAAUGUGUCAUAUGCUUCUAGAAGCCGGAGCGAGGCUGGACGAGUUAGACAACGAUGGAAAGACACCUUUGAUUUACGCUGCCGAAAAUGGAAGCUUAUCUGCGCUCAAGUACCUCUUAAGAGAAGGCGCAGAUUACAAACAUACAGCUCAUAAUGGUCUGGACGCGUUCCGUUUUGCGGCGUUGGAAGAAAGGAUUCCUAUUGUGGACCACUUUCAAUCAAUCGGCUGUGAUCUGGAAAUAAGAGAUCCAGAAGGUCGCACAGUUUUGUACUUUCUAGCACAGGACAACAAAGUGACAAUGGUGAAGCACUUGAUUGACAAGGGGGCUAAUGUAAAUAGUGUGGACAAUAAUGGCAGGUCUGCAUUGAUUGUAGCUGCAUGGGUGGGGCAUGUAGAUAUGUGUCAACUUUUACUAGAAAACGGAGCUGAUUGUUAUCAAGCUGACAACGAAGGUCUCACUGGACUGCUAAUGGCUGCUUGGGAAAAUAGGAAAGAUGUGGUCGAACUUAUGCUGGCCUACGGAGCGGACAUCGAGCACUCGUGCAAACAAGGAGCAACAGCCUUAGUCAUAGCCGUGCAAGAAGGUCACUUGGAUACGGUCAAGUAUUUGUUGCAUCAUCAGGCUGAUCCGCAGCAUGAAGACGAGCAUGGAAGGAAUCCAAUGCGAAUUGCGGUCAAAAACGGCCAUAAAGAGAUCGUACAGUUAUUAGAAGCAUAUGGCAGUUUGCCGGAAAGUGCAAACCAGAACUUCUCACCCAACAAAAGAACGGAUAAUUAUUCGACCAGUGCUGCUAACGAUACUACUGCCCCUGCUUUGCCUAGUCGAGUUGCUUUAGAAGCGCAACAGAGAAACAGCCGAUUUCUAAACUCUCUUCAGUCGAACAAGAACACCAUGCGAAGUGAACAUCGUCAAAGUGCAGCUUUGUCCAUCUCCUCAGAUCACUUUUCUUGCCAGUCCUUAGGAGGAGCAACGAACGAUGUUGUUGCUUUUGGAAUCAAUCAAAGCGCUACGGAUCCCAACAUCAGCGUGUCUUCAUCGUCGGCAAACUCCAGUCUAGACAAGCGAGCAAUAACUAAGAGAAUUGAAAAUAACCAAGGAUCCCUAGAUUCGAGGAAAGGUGCCGUUGUUGAUAACGAAGAACAAAUAUAUAAUCACUAUGACGAACCAUGUGCUGCCGAACAUACGAAUACUAUAGGACAUAGUAUAAAGGCAAAUGAAAGACGAUCCUCAGGAGAAACUGCAGCAGCUAAGAUUUCUACCUCAUUUCAACAGCCGAACAUGUCAAUAAUGUCGCAAUUUUCCCCUCACAACCAAAACAAGGCAGUGAUUGGUUAUCAUAAUUUUGAUCACGCAGUUGCGUCCAGCCUUGGAGAGCAUUCAUCGGAGGAUCCAUCUUCGCAGAGCCACUCGUUCAACCAGAGCUACCUCAGUUAUUCCAUGCAGGACUCCACUUUUUGUGACCCAUCAGGAACUCAAGUUUUACCUCAAAAUCAGCAGCCGAUGUCAUCCCAUGAAACAGCCACUGAGUAUCUGCAAAUGUCCAUUUUACAGCAGGCGUGGAAGCAAGAACAAGAGUCGAGGGAAAAGCAGAUUCAAAAGAAGCAGCGGCGCCUGUCUGUUUUCGACAAAAUCUCAAAAGUAUUUCGACUCAAUGGUCCAUCUUCUCAUGGAAAAGACUCAAAAUUCAGCCACCCGUUGUUUAAUUGCGAAAUGCCUUCUUCAUUCAACAGUAGUACGUUAAACAUGCGCGAUGGCACUAUGAAGUAUUCGCAACAAAACUCGCCCAAUUUCCCCCAGUUGUCGCCGGGACCUGGAGGAGAAAUGUCGCAGGCCUUCUUCGGAUUCCAGCAGGGACAGCAGAUGAUGGGACACCACGUGCAGCAGUCCUCCAAUUACUCCUUAGGAAGUCAGCAAAGUGCGUUGACUGAGUCAGGCACACUUAUUCCAACUCAAGGUGCGUUCAUGGGGCAGCAGCAAGGUCAACCGGUGAACUUGACGCCUUCACGUGGUAACUUGUCAGACUACCAUCACUUUUCACCUUUGGGAUGCAGACAACCAGCGCCCUGUUCUCCACUGACGCGACAAACGGCGAACCAACCUCAGACCUCGUCAGCCAAUAGCGGAACGAAACAGUAUUUCUGUCCUCCAAAAACAUCGAAAGAUGAUGCAGUCAAGAAGUCGGACUACAUGCGUCUGGUAGACUUGACUCAUCUACAGUCAUACGAUCCUCAAACUCAGAUGUCGAACAGAAUUGUUAACUAUGAGCGGAAACCGCAAAGCCGGAAAGGAUCUCUCGAUAGCCAGACUUCAAAUCAGGAACCGUACAGGCCCAACCCGCACCUGGAUGCCUUCCCACCGGUAUCACCUCAUAUGAGGGCAAUGAACCCAACUCAUGAUGUAAAUAUGAACCCAAAUAAUCCUAAUUACUUGGCAAGAUCGAAUCCAGUGUACGUUACAACACCUUCAAUACCAAUGCCUCGUAGACCGCCCCCAUUACCCCCGAAAGAACCGACGUUAAUAUACCAAAAACGAGCCCCUCCCCCUCUCCCUAGAAAACCCAGAGAAUCUGCUAAUCUUUUUAUUCACACUGGAGGUCUCAGCAAAGCGGUUCCUGAGCCAGUAAUCAGUCCGUCGGCAAAGAGUCCAACAGAUCCUGCCAGCUCUGGUUCCGGAGGAUCCCAGUCAGGUUCGCAGCCGGCUGUCGGAAUGAAAAGCAAUUACAUCAACCACGGCGAGGCGGCUAGACGAGCAGCUCUGUGUCGCAAACCGAAACUUGAAACAAUUAUCGAACCUGAGAGUUCCACGGGCGAUUUUUCACGCCUAUCUAUCGCUUCGAAAAAUGCAUUGGCGUCACCCGCAACGUCCACAAGCAGACGGUCUAAAGUGGAGACAGUGAUCUGACUUAGCUUCAAUUCUACAAUCAGCAUGACGAUAGUUUUUCUGUAACUUGACUCUUGAAUUUGCUACAAACUUUAUCUAUCUGUAUUUUGCACAAAACGCCCAAUUUUGUGAUCUAUUUUUGUAAUGAGUUUCAGGGGCGGAGUAAAAUCACUGUUUGUAGAUGGUUAAUACAUCUUAAACUAAGAUAUUUUAUUUGGCUAUACGAUUGCAAAAAGGUGCGAUAUUAAUGCUCACUCUGUAAAAACACAAUCUAUUCAAGGCUUUCUUUCCAAAAAAUUUUCUAUUUCUUCUUCAAUUGUUGAUAAUUUUAGUGCAAUAAAAGAUAAAUUUUAUCUGAAUUUAGUUGCUAAGUGACUGCAAAACUGACCUCUGAAAUCAAUAAUUUUUAGUAUGAUUACACGUACUUGGUCGUCAUUUAAUAAUC